UGUGUAUAAACAGUUGGCAAGCGGACGGACGGACGGAUUUGGACAAAAAUGAAAACGUAGAAACCAUUUAUUUGUUGGUGAAACGGUAGAAAACAACCACAACAACAACAAGUCAAAGCCGCCUACGCAGAUAACAGAUACUUGGCACGAGCAGUAGGUGCCGCGGGACGCGGGGCAAAUUGCACAAACGACAAACAUAUGGAUGGAUCUAUAAACUUUCCAGAUAACGAAGCGACGUUGAAGUAAUACACAGCAAACCCCACCGAUACCGAUAAUGGUGGCUGCAAAGUACGAGCGCCUCAAUUCUCAGAGCGGAGGGGGUGGCGGCGGCGGCGGUGGUUCCAGCGGUGCCGAUGACGAUGACUGCGAGGAAAUUGAACUCAGUUUGGGCCAGAAGACGACGGCGGCAAUGACAACGCUGCAGAAUGGCAAAGAUAGACGACUGGCCAACUUCAAAUACGUAAACAGCAGCAGCAGCAGUAGCGGCGUUGGAGUCGGCAGUGACGACCACGUUGUAGCCACGUCGGCACAGGAGAAGAUCAUGGCUCGGCAGGCGGAUGCCCGCUUUAUGCAGAUGGCCAUUGGCACACUGGUCAUUAUAAUGGUCUACCUGACGCUCUCCAUUUCGCUGACCUUCUACCAAACGGACAUCAAUCGCGAGAUGCCAUUCCCCCUGGCGAUUGUCACGUAUCACCUAAUCCUGAAAUUCGUUUUGGCGGCCCUCGUGCGAAGGAUCUAUAAACUGCGUAUGGGGCGAUCGCGUGUCCAGCUGGAUUGGCGUGUGGCACUAAGGAAAAUGGCACCCACUGGCGUGGCCAGUGCCAUUGAUAUUGGUUUCUCCAACUGGGGAUUGGCCCUGGUGCCCAUAUCCCUGUACACAAUGACCAAAUCAUCAACCAUAGUGUUUAUACUGCUGUUUGCCAUAGCUUUAGGAUUGGAAAAGAAGAGCUGGUCUCUGGUGUCUAUUGUGGGCCUCAUUGGCACCGGCCUGGUCAUGUUUACCUACAAGUCCACGCAGUUCAAUGCCCUGGGCUUCUUUUUCAUACUGUUUGCCUCGCUGAGCAGCGGCCUGCGCUGGAGCUUCGCACAGUUUAUUAUGCAAAAAUCGAAGCUGGGUCUGCACAAUCCCAUUGACAUGAUCUACUACAUGCAGCCAUGGAUGAUUGCGUCACUGCUGCCGCUUGUCUGUGGCAUUGAAGGUGUCAAGCUGUACAAUGUGGCGGAGAAUCUAAAGAUGUAUACGACGGAUGAAAUAACGUGGGCCAUUGCCAGGAUAACCUUUGGUGCGCUGCUUGCGUUCCUCAUGGAGUUCACCGAGUUCUUGGUGCUGUGCAAGACCUCCAGCCUGACGCUUUCGAUAGCGGGCAUAUUCAAAGACAUCUGCCAGCUGUUCCUGGCCGUCACCCUCAAAAAGGAUCAGCUGAGUGCCAUCAACUAUGUGGGUCUGGUUGUCUGCCUUGCGGGCAUUGCCUGCCAUCUGUGGCACAAAUACUCCACCAUGGCCGAUGCGGAGAAGCAGCAAAAGGAUCUGCAUUCGGACAACGACCAUGACGACUUAUCGGCGGAGUAUAAUUUCAAUGAGGGAGCUAAUGCUAAUGCUGGCGGUGCGGACAAUUCCAUUGCUGGCAUCCAUGUGAGAUCACACUCGACGUUGACGGUGCCAUUGCUGGAGCAAACCGAUUCCGAGGAUGAGUCGGGCAAUGAUCUGAACAACAAGCAGAACUCAUCUGAUGUCAUAUUCGAUGUGCUCAAACGACGCGACAUGCAGCGAUGAGGCAGCAGCUGGCAUUCCCAUCUGCACACCUGCACGGUUGUCCUGUAAAUGUUGUAAAUUCAAAUGUUUCUUAUUACUGUCCGCAAGUCAAGCUUAACGAGCAGAUUGGUAACAUAGUUAGUCUCCAAAUUCCACUCUCUCCCUCUCACUCUCCCUGCCGCUAUCUCUGGUCUCCAUUCUCUCGGACAUUCUUGCAAUUGAAACUAGGCUAGACUUUCCCCUUUGGGAGCAAUAUCAAAUUGUAGCUUAUGGAUAACAAACUGGAGCUGCAUUAAAUGUGGAUUGGGUUCCACUUCCCCACUACCCCAGCUGCAGUUUCCCUGUUCCAUUUACUAUCUUUAAAGCAUUUAGUAUUAGCAUUUUUGAAAUGGUUUGUCAUUCCUUAAAUUCCUCCUACCAACCAUACGCCCGCCCACCCCUCCAGAAGUCUUUUUUUUUUUCUCGAUUGGAUUGGAUUUGUUGCUUAGAAAAUUGUUUCUUUAGUUAAUAAUAACUCUUUUUUAUUGUAUUGUUGAUUUUUUAGCUGAUGUGCUGAUGUGCGUGUGUGUGUGUAAUAUUUUUUGAUAAGAGAAAUGAUUCCAAUUAUACACUAAAUAAGAUAUAAAGAGGAAUAU